CAACAACAAGACAUCAAAAAGGGUCCCAACAUCGUCAACUAUUAUCACUUUCUCUCACUUCUUUGGUACUGCUCUUUACUUUCCUUCAUUUGGCUCUCAUUCAUUCGUUACAUCUUAGGCCGGCCUAAGUCAUUCGUUUAUUCCUUUUCACGGCUUGUCAUUCAUUUCUCUAUUCAAUAUGCGUCUGCAAAGUAUCGCUGCCAUCCUGGCUGCUGCCGCUACGGCUUCUGCUCAGAGUGUUUCGGGCAAGGCUUAUGGUUUUGCUGCUGGUGUUACUGGUGGUGAGGGAGAGGCCGUUACGCCUUCUUCUGCUGAGGAGCUUGCUACGCUUCUCGCUGAUGACACUCCUCGUGUUAUCUAUCUCGACAAGGAGUUUGACUUUACUGGAGAUGUCAAGACUGGUGCUGGUUGUGAUCGCAAGAGCUGCAGUGCCAGCAAUGGUGGUCAGCUUUACCUCGGUGAUCUUUCUUGCGGCGGUGAUGACAAUGUCGCUGUUAGCUCCAUCACCUACGACGCUGCUGGUCCUGAGCCCCUUCCCGUUGGUAGCAACAAGAGUAUCAUCGGUAACGGAAAGGCUGUUCUCAAGGGCAAGGGUCUCUCAAUCAAGAAGGGAUCCAAGAACGUCAUUGUCCAGGGCAUUGAGUUCACCGACAUCAACCCCGGUGUUGUAUGGGGUGGUGACGCUCUCGAGCUCAAGGGUCUCAACGAUGGUGUCUGGAUCGAUCACUGCAAGUUCUCCAAGGUUGGCCGCAUGUUCAUCGUCUCCCACUACGAUGGCUCCCGCCUCACCAUCUCCAACUCCGAAUUCGACGGUGUCACGGACACUUCUGCUUCUUGCAACGGCAACCACUACUGGACCAUGAUGUUCUACGGUGAGGGUGACCAGGUCACUCUUGAUCGCAACCACUUCCACGAUGUCGCUGGCCGAGCUCCCAAGCUUGGCGAGCCUGGCACCAACGGUUACUUCCACGCUACCAACAACUACUUCCAGAACAUGAAGGGCCAUGCCUUUGAUGCCUACCAGGGAGCCAACGCCAUCAUUGAGGGUAACGUCUUUGAUGGUGUCGACACUCCUAUCACUAAGGAGGCUGCUUCCGUCAGCACUCUGUUCGUCGCUGAUGAGAGCGAUGCUUCUGCUUGCCAGUCCGCUCUUGGCCGUGCUUGCGUGCCCAACUCUGCUACCAGCAGCGGUGAUCUUCCCUCUUUGAAGGGUCAGAGCGGCCUCGACGCUGUCGCUAAGAACAAGGACAAUAUCAUCACCCCCGUCUCUGCCAGCGAAGUCACUGCUCUUGUCCUUGGUAGCGUUGGACCCGCCAACGUUGGUUCCGGCUCCAACUCCGGAUCUGGCUCUGAUUCCGCCCCAUCUCAAAGCCCCGAGUCUGGCAAUGAUGCUACCCAGACCACUCCCGCUACGCCUGAGGCUACUCCCGAGACCACCCCCGAGACUGCUCCUGAGACCACCCCUGAGGCUGUCAACGAGCAAGAAGCCCUUCCCGAUCGCCCCGAGGAGACUGAGGCUGAGCCCGUCGCGAAUGCUGAGGUCAAGCCUGUCGCUUCCGACGACUGCGAGGAGGAAACGGACGCUACUCCUUCCAAGACUGAGGAGAAGCCCGUUGCCACCGGAGACUGUGACGAGGAAGAGACCUCCGAGGCUGCCGCCGACUCCUCCUCUUCCGCUGGUUCCUCCACUGCUCAGAUGUACGGUCAAUGCGGAGGCAAGAACUGGACUGGUGCUACCACGUGCCCCUCUGGCUCUUCUUGCAAGAAGAUGAACGACUAUUACUCCCAGUGCAUUGGCUCCAACAGCCGUGUUCGUCGCUAUGUCCAGUAAGGAGCGUUGGCUGUAGUCAAAUCGUAACGCGACGCGACGCGAUUGAACUUUUCUUGUAAUUAUUAUCAUUUAUCUACUCACCUCGACCUCGAGCAAUGAAGAGUAUAUAGCGAUUGAAUGGGCAUAGAACCCAACUUCACUUUUACAACUUUUUAAUUUUAAAAUGCCACAACCGAUGUGAAUUUGAACGGUAUGC